AUGGUGUAUGUAGGGUAGGAAAGGGUAGCGUAAGGUAGGGUAGUGUAAUAAGAAGUAAAGUUAAACGUUUUUUUAAGACAUUCAGCCAUUAGGCAGGUAAGAGAGUUUAUUUUGACCCGUCAUAACGAUACGUUAAAGCAGAAAACAACAAAACUAAAGAAAAAAUUUUGAAAAAUUUUCAAAAUUUUAAAAAUUAUUAAAUUUUACUAAAAAUGCCUUUAAAAUUUAAAAAAAUCAAAAAAAACUUCGUUUUCAAAUUUUUCGGUACCUAGUGAUAAACAAAAGCCUGCUCAGUGGAACACCUAGUUAAAGUCGGGUUUUGGUAGUUCAUUUCCAACGGCAUUACCAGUUUUGUCAGUUCAGACAAACGUCUUUCAUAAUGUCUUCUCUGAGCGUAGAGAACGGCACAGCAAAUUGCUAGCAGGCCUAAAAACAUAUUUGUUAGAAGGUUAGGACUUAAUGUAAGGCGAAGGCUAAGAAUGAACUGGGACUGGAACGGACCGGGCUGAACUGAGGUUGGCCUAGAGCUUAACCGGGGCUGGACUGAUGCUAGAUAGAGCAAGGAUUUGGGUCCAGACUAGUGUUAAGACAAGAAUAACGAUUAAGACCAGGACCAGAACCAGGACCAAGGCCAAGACCAAGACCAGGACCAGGACCAGGACCAGGACCAGGACCAGGACCAAGACCAGGACCAGAACCAGGACCAAGGCCAAGACCAGGACCAGGACCAGGACCAGGACCAGAACCAGGACCAGGACCAGGACCAGGACCAGGACCAGGACCAAGGCCAAGGCCAAGACCAGGACCAAGACCAGGACCAGGACCAAGACCAGGACCAAGACCAGGACCAGGACCAAGAAGGCUAAGCCUCUGGGCUAGGGCUUUAGGCUAG